AUGCACAGUCUGCUAUCUCUGACCCGGCACCGUAGUCAUACGGAGCCACAGUACCGCUGUCUCUACCCCGGCACCGUAGUCAACGUCAACGGUAACGCACAGUACCACUGUCUCUACCCCGGCACCGUGGUCAACGGUCGCACAGUACCGCUGUCUCUACUGCCCGGCACCUACCACUGUCUCUACCCCGGCACCGUAGUCAACGGUAACGCACAGUACCACUGUCUCUACCCCGGCACCGUAGUCAACGGUAACGCACAGUACCACUGUCUCUACCCCGGCACCGUAGUCAACGGUAACGCACAGUACCACUGUCUCUACCCCGGCACCGUAGUCAACGGUAACGCACAGUACCACUGUCUCUACCCCGGCACCGUAGUCAACGGAAGUUCAGACGGUGAUGACAGUGAUGACCUCAUCACGGUGGAGUUUGAUGACGGUGACACGGGUCGCAUCCCCCUCUCCCACAUCAGACUGCUGCCCCCCGACUACAAGAUACAGUGUGCUGAGCCCUCCCCCGCGCUGCUAGUGGCCAGCUGCUCCAGGAGGCGUGUCAGGAAGUGCAGCAAGGACACCAGUGAGACGAAGCCUAAAACAGGGGACUCCGCCCCCAAGGGCAGAGGGAGACCUGCCAAGAAACCCAAACCCAAACCUGAGCCCCCAGUGAGCCCAGAUCCCCGGGAGACGAUACCCCCCCCGGGACCCAGCCAGGCUCCAGACAGACCUCAGCUCCCCACCAGACCAGCCCAGGACAGGCCCUCCUCCUCCCAGAGGCCUGCUCAGGAAAGACCCCUGUCUGCCCCCAGGCCGGGACCAGGCCGACCCUCCAAGCCCACCAGCACCCCCAGCCUGCCUGCCCCCCCACGCAGCCAGAACCCUAGGAGACCCAGCCCAGCCUCUCCCAAGCCCCCCUCCCUCUACCACCCAGCUCCUUACGGGAAGAUACUAAGGGUGGACCUGUACAGCCAACCCAACCUCACCUCUUGUAACGUCAGCACCCAACCGAACCCUAAAACCAACCCUAAGUCUAAACUCUCCCUCCACUACUUAAACCCAACUCUACUUCCCUAUCAUCAGACCCAAGCCUCUUCUACCUAACCCUAAAACUAACCUUACCUCCGUACCAAAAUCCAAACCUAGACCUAACUCUACAGCAGAACUUCCAGAAGUCCCUGCAGCUAACUUUAGUCCUGAUCACAACAAACCCAGAACCGCUCCCAAAGCAAUCUCCAGACCCAAACAGAACCAUAACAAACCCAGGCUCACCCUGGAUCCUUCUACAAGGCCCAGAACCAGCCCUGGGUCCAGCUCCAGUACCUCCAAACCUAGAACCAGCCCCGGGCCCAGCUCCAGCACCUCUAAACCCAGAACCAGCCCUGGGCCCAGCUCCAGUACCUCUAACCCCAGAACCAGCCCUGGGUCCAGCUCUAGUACCUCUAAACCCAGCCCCGGGACCAGCUCCAGCUCCAGUACCUCUAAACCCAGAACCAACCCUGUGCCCAGCUCCAGUACCUCUAAACCCAGACCCAGCUCAGACCUCUCUGCUGUCAGAUCCAGACCGGACCCUAGCACCUUUAUUCCUGGUAUCUCCAGACCCAGGCAUGUCCUGGGGA